AUGAUAAUUUUCAAGACUGCAAAGGGAAAUCGUGUUACAUUUGUUGUCGGUGCAUGUGAAACACAGAAUGUAAAUGUUUUCGUCCUGCCAUACUUUGGGUUGGCUGAAGGGAGCUAUGUCACUGCAAAAGAUAUGUGGGCUCAGAUGGUGAAGGAAGGGCAAUUUAAUAGAGAGAAUUUCAAUUCAUUUUCUGUCUCUUGGUCAUCUCGAAAAGUAAAAUUUAAGAAGGGAAGCUCCUACAAUAGGAUAUAUACCAAGUUCUACGGUACUUCUGAAAGAGCGGCACAGAAAUUGGUUCAUGAUUCAUUAACAAGCUACAAAAAUUGGGAAGAGGAGAUUGAGAAGUGGCAAAAUCCUAUCCUUAAGGAUGAAAGACUACCAGAAUGGUAUAAAUUCACUUUGUUUAAUGAGCUCUAG